AUGCUAGUCGAUAUCGUCCCAACCCUACAGCGACUGCCCGGGUGGCUUCUCCCGAUGGCGAAGAGUGGGUGGCUGGUAUCACCAGAGAACUCUCCCACUAGUUACCGGGCACACCGUCAUCUAGUCGACAGGAACGAAACGCACAAUCUGUCCUGGGUCCAGCUAUGCUACGUCGUCGACGAACCGAGCAUGGCCACCAACAUCACGGCCGCCCUAGCUCUCCGCGUUUUCGUAAUGGCCAGCGUUCAGCAUCCCGACGCGGUCCGCAAGGCCCAGCGGGAGUUGGACUCGGCCGUGGGACCAGACUGGUUACCAGGUUUCGCAGACGUCGCUCCGCUGGCAGCCCAUUACGCCCUUUGGGGGACCCCACGGUCACACCGCUGA